UAGUGAGGAGUUCCCAUAGGACAGCAACUCGGGGUCCUCAUCGGAGCGGGAGGAGGCAAGCGACCGCGGAAAUGCCCCCUGAAUGGGGAAUGCCCAUUUGUGCAAUAAACCUCACUCUCUCCACCCCCCGCUCUGCGUCCCAUCCCCCCCAGACCAGGAGCUGAAUCAAUUUCGCUCUCCCCAGCCAGGAGUUCCCCGCAGGGCUUCCUCCCCUCCCCACCCCUCCCCCUGGCUCGGGAGGGAGGGGGUGUGCAUUUCCUUUGGUCGCUUCAGGGAGCAACGCGUACAGGUGCUCCGAGACACUCUGGAGAGAGAAGUAGGGAGCUGUGAGUCACCCCGCCCUAGUGCUGGGCCCCGGGAGAGGCCGGGCGGGGCUGUCAUUUCUCCCCGCGAGCGGUGACCCGAGCUGCCGGGACUUGGAGCAGCUCUUUUACUUCGUCGGAUCGCUCCCCAGCGAUGCCCCGGAUCGGGGUUCUCCUGCUCCUGAUACUUGCCAUUUGCGCUGAAUCAUCGACUAAAGCUGAUAAUGCCCAAGUGACUAAUACCUACUCUGAGCUGUUGAAAUUGAGUAAGAACAUUACCAAAAGAGAGUCCGGCUGCCCGGAAGGCCAACAGCGUCACGGCAGUUUCUGCUGUCGGCCAUGUCUUCCUGGUGAACGGAAAAAGGAUGACUGCAAAGCUGAUGGGGACAAACUUGUCUGUGAGCCCUGCUCGGAAGGGAAGGAGUACACAGACAAGGAACAUUAUUCUCCUACAUGCAGAAGAUGCGGGAUUUGUGAUGGAGAGCAUGGCUUAGAAGUGGAAAAAAACUGUACCAAGACCCAGAAUACCAAGUGCAGAUGUAAAUCAAACUAUUUUUGUAACACUCCUCCAUGCGAACACUGUAACCCUUGCAGCACGUGUGAACAUGGAAUCACUGAGGAUUGCACACCAGCCAAUUACCACAGAUGUAAUACAGGAUCCAGAUCUCACUUACACUGGCUGUGGUUCCUGUUCCUGGUUCCAGUAGCAGCUGCAUUCAUAUUGUGGCCGGUGAAAAGAUGGCGCCAGAAUAAUAAUCUCCCUCUCUCUGAACCUACAUCUCCAGAUACUGAAAUGCCCACAGGGAUUUCUCCAGACAUUGACUUGACUGAUUACAUUAGCACUAUUGCUGAGCUAAUGACAAAAAGUGAAGUUACAGAUUUCGUUCGGAAGAAUGGUCUCAAAGAAGCCAAAAUAGAUGAAAUCAAGAAUGACAAUCUCCAAAAUACAGCUGAACAGAAGGUCCAGCUGCUCCGUAAUUGGUAUCAAGUUCACGGGAAGAAAGACGCAUUUACCACUUUGAUUACAGGUCUCAAAAAAAUCAAACUUUGUGCUCAUGCAGAUAAAAUUAAAGAUAUAGUCCGAAAUGACAUUAAUAGUAAACGUGAAAAUACUAACAUCACAAAUGAAAAUGAAAGCCAAAGGUUGGUCUAAAGUAAAAAACAACUAACUCAGUUUUGAGCACAGACAGUAGAUAGAAAAAUUAGGUAAGUUAGGUGAGGGCUCAAAUAUUGCUUAACUUUUUACUGAGCAUGUUUUCCUUUUUACAUUUAUUAUACUUGCAGGGCUAUAUAUUUAUGUGUUUCAAGGACCUCAUUAUUCUGUCUUCAAGACUAUUUAAAAUCUAGACAUGCCUGAUUAAGAAUAAAUGCAGUGGCAUGUUAAGUGUGCACAUAGGUGUGUUUGCAAAGACAAAACAUUGGGGUCACGUUCUAGUAUCUAAUACUUUAUUAGAUUUAAAAAAAUUAAAGUUAAAAUCAUUUUUUGGUAUUUCUGGUUAUCCUUUUUUGUUAAGACCUUAUUUUUUUGUUUGUUUGUUUCCAUUUCUCUAACCAUGGCUAACUGUAACCUGUUCAGGAGUCUUCAAUGCUUUCUUUCAUCUCUCAGGGAGUAUUUACCUUUUAAACUCCUAAUGAUUUCCUUCAUAGGCCAUUACUGCCCUAAAAAAAACCUUCCUCAAAACCACAUUAUUAUUUAUCAUGUGAGGAUUUAUUAUGACAGCAUUAUGUGUAAGGCACUGGAAAUGUGGAUAAGAAAGUAAAUAUUUCAAAAGGUAGGUUUUAUUCAUAGGUAUGAUUCUGUAGAUGUGAAUAUAAUUACUGUACAAGAAUACAAAGGUCUACCUACAGGCUGACCCCAUCCAUCAACAUAAGCUAUGACCUCUUGAUGCAGUGUCAUAAUCACUGAAAAAAGCAACUUUGCCUCUAACCUCCCCAGUUCCUGGAGGAUGAUUCUAGCGAUUUUGCAAUAGUAUUUGUCAACUUUGUUUGAAACUCAGCAUAUUCAGGGAAAGCUUGUGUAUACCUCUGAAUGCAGAAUUUAAAUAAGGUUCUACUUCAAAGAUGUUUACAUAGAUUAUUGGCAUUUCAUUGUGAAAGAUUUCAAUUUUGGAUUCACAUAGAAAAUGCCAACUCAGUUAUGCUUGAAAUUUUAUAUUUGUAUGCCAGCGUACUGCAUCACAAUAAUCGACCACUUUCUCAGGUGCCAAAACAGUUCCAUCAGGAAGUAUUCCUAGAGAAUCAUCACCUCUUUGUUUUUUUUCUUGAUGUGUGUCUUGAGAGCCUCUACACUCCCAAACCUGGAAGCACUAUCUAUGAAACACGAUGAGCCACUGUAAGCUAUGCUGCUCUUAGAAACGUCUAGCCUGGUUUGGAGAGAUUCACUGUUCUCAUAAGAGGUAGCUCUGUGGUAAUCACAGACCCAUGUUGCCCACCAAAGUUAAUGAGGUAGUUUCUUAUCUUGCCCUGUCCCACACAAAAUGUUCAAUGACUCCCAUUUAUUCUCUUGCUACAAAUUCAGCUUACACCCAGGUUUUAGGACUUGUUAUUUCUUGCAGCAUCUUAGACAAACAAGCCCCUCUCCCCACUGCCACUUCCUCACUUCUACAUUUAGACACUUUAAAAAUGUAAGUUAAUGUGAAUUUUAAUAAAUAGUAUUUAUAUUUGUAUAGAUGUAAACUGAAGAUAGUUAUAAACUGAAACAGAUAUCUCAAAAUACCUAAACAGCUUCCACUGAAGGAAAAUUUUCCCCCUUAUGUUCAGAAAUGUAAAAUGUAGAUAAAAAUGUUUAAUUAAAAUCAUUUUUUGGUAUUUCUGGUU